AUGAAAAAUACAAGAUUACAUAUUCCGCCCUUCUCGGCAAGUGAAAGAGGCAAGGUACAACCCCACAACAUAUGGUGUGCUCAGGAUAAAUCAUGGUCUUCUCGGAGGAGGUUCUAUCCAGCUAGCCACGAGGGCUCCGCCGUAUCCGUCUACACCUAUAUGAUGGGUGGAACGGCAACAGCAACCGUCUAUUUACUCAUAACCUGCAUUGAAUUUACUAUCUCUAUCACUAGCGAUAUGGAUACCACCAUUCUCUCCUGUUCGCGCACGAAGCCUGCUAAACAAUUCCGCAUCCUCGGCCUCCCUCUCGAACUAUUCUACUCAAUCCCGCUCCUAUACGGUAAAUACACCCCCCGCCAACACUUGGACAUGACCUACUUCCUAGUCGCAUUGUAUGAGCACCCAAAUCUCGACCUUAAUCUAGACAACGCCGCGAACUGUGGCCUCUAUCGCUAUUUUAACGACGUUGUCAGUGGGGUGGAGUAUACUACGUCUAAAGAGUUGGUUUUGCAUGCAGAAUACUUUCAGGGGACCUGGUUUGGUGAGAAAGAUGGAGUUGCUUUGGAGGGGCAUUUCAGAUGGCUGACAGGGCUCUGGACGGGCUUGGUGCCUAAUGCUGAACAGGUUGAGAUGCCAAGGAUGUGGCUGGAUACUGGAUUUAGGGCUGAAGAUGUCUUUCCUGGUGCUGAGGUUGUUGCUUGGGCGUUUGAGAUGACGGUUUCGGUAGUGUUUAAGGAUGGACAGUGA